CCCCCCCCCCCCCCCCGGCUGCAGGUCGACCGUCAGACGCCCGCAUAUACAUACAAUUACGACCCUACCUACGCCUACAUAACACGGCCUCCCUCGACAGCCUUGCGUCUGACACGCCGAACGACAGACCGAACGCGUUGGCUGCGUGGACAACUUAAGGGCCUUUCUCUCCGGUCCCCCAAAUCCCUGUCAAAUUGGCACCCAGAGAAAGAAAUAUGAAGACAAUUAAAGAUACCGCUCGCUCGUCGUAGCUCGGCACUGCAGUCUCCUACCCUGCGAUCCCUCGAAGCUAUCGCUGAUGGCCUCGUUAUAACGAAAUAUUUCACCACCGAACUUCCACUUAUCAAUACUGUUCCUCGAACCCGCAACGCCAUUAUUUAUACCUCCUCCUCCUCCCCCCACUACCACAAUGGCUCACCAACCCACCAUACCGGCGCAGCCGCCGCGGCGUGCCAUGCCCUCCAAAGUUCAGACGAGCUUCCUACCUACUAUACCCUCCACCUCGGUCCCCACUUCCGCCAUAAGUGCCUCCUCCUUGACGUCCAGCUCGCAGCAGGCGUCUCCGGUACUCUCCCCUCAGACACAACUCACAACAAGCAACAGCUCUGUGCAGGGCUCACCUGGGCCCGACCUACCCAAGGGCAGCUGUGAUAGUGACCUUCCACCCCCCUUCGAGCUUCCCGAAUCCAUUGUCCACCGAAAGAACAGCCACAGUGCCAUGAGCGAGGCAAUGGCUUUAAAUAAAGGUCCGGGCAUCAUCAGGAGACUAUCAAAUAAGGCUUCUCAGUUUGCUGGGCGCCGCCGACAGUCGUCUGCCGCUGCCAAUAGCCGCGAUCACAGCUCGGGACCGGUCAUCAUGCGGAGGCGAAGUGACAGCACCAGCACGGCGCCGGAGGUCCGACCAGUGCUGCUCACGGAGUCCGACGAUGAGAGCCGAGAUGAUACACGAGACGAUAUGAAUGGCUUCGCUGAUGGGAUGAAGGAGUACUAUAGCAAUGGCAGCCCCACUGGAUCCAUCUCUGGGGUGCCCAUCAACGACGGUCCGGUUAUACCGGCAGUGCUUCUCCAGGGCACAACGAUGCUCAAGGUGUCGAAGAAGAAGAGGAAGCUGCUUACAUUUGCUCUCGAUAUCGAUGCCGCAAAGGUCUCAUGGGACAAGAACAGACCGUCAAAGGCUUUCUACAUUGACGACAUCAAAGAAAUUCGCUCGGGGUCAGACGCGCGGAAUUAUCGCUCAGAGUUUGGCGUGCCGGCCUGUGACGAACGCCGCUUUUUCUCAAUCCUCUACGUGAUAUCUGAUAAAUCGAAAGGCCGAUCGCAGAAAUUGAUGCAUUUAAUUGCCGGUGAUGACAGGACCUUUGAGCUAUGGACGACUACCCUCGAUGCCAUCUCGAAACAUCGACACGAGUUGAUGGCGUCGCUGUCGUCCUUCAACGACAAGGCGGUCCGCGCGUACUGGCGUCGUGAGAUGAAUAAGCAGUUUGGCGACAGGGCGCACUCCGAGGACGAGGAGAUGAUUGAUAUCACAGGCGUUGAGCGCCUUUGCCGGAGCUUACACAUCCAUGGUGUCAACAAUCAUUUGCGUGCCAAAUUUGCCCAGGUCGAUGAGCUGAAGUGCGGGCUACUUACAUAUGGCCAGUUCCAGGAGCUCAUCAAUCUCAUGAAGAGGCGCGAGGACGUGCGGGCUCUGUAUAACGAGCUCACCGUGCCGGAUAAGAAGGGCAUUACCCUCGAGGACUUCCUGGUGUUCUUGAAGGACACGCAAGGUGAGGAUGUCGAGGGCCGUCGCACUCACUGGACGACUGUGUUCAGCAAGUUUGUCCGGAGAUCGAAGACCAAGGAGCAAGCCCAGCAAGACCUCCAAAACGGCGAGACUCCAUUGAUGAACGAGUCCGCUCUGGCGAGCUACCUUACCUCUACAUAUAAUGUUCCGAUUAAAGAUGUUCCAGCAAACUUCACCCUCGACCGACCACUUCACGAGUACUAUAUAUCAAGCUCUCAUAACACGUACCUUCUAGGAAGGCAGGUUGCAGGCCAAUCGAGCGUCGAGGCCUAUAUCUCAGCACUGUCGAAGGGUUGUCGCUGCGUCGAGGUCGACUGCUGGGAUGGCAGCGAGGGUCCUGUCGUCAUGCACGGCAGGACACUGACGAGCCAAGUCUCGUUCGCCGAUGUCAUGACUACGAUCAGCAAGUAUGCUUUCGUCAGCUCUCAGUUCCCGCUGUUGAUCUCUCUCGAAGUCCACUGCAGCCGACAGCAGCAAAUCAUGAUGGCGGAGAUCAUCAAGGCGACCUGCGGAUCGAAACUCGUCACUGAGCCACUGGACCCGAACUCCCAGCAGCUGCCAAGCCCGUCACAGCUGAUGAAUCGCAUCCUGAUCAAGGUCAAGAUGCCUUGUGAUGAGCCGGCCUUCAACGCCGAGGUGACAGCUGGCCGGAGACGCGGAGCCAGCGUCAACUCUCCGUACGUGCGACCGAUCGUGCUUGACAACACCAUGAUCCCAAACGCGUCGAUCCUGCAAAGCCCACCGAUGAGCCCUCGCCAACGUCCCACCAUGGGCAUCACCCGCAGUCAGACUACAAGCAUACGAUCCCCCCAACAUGCCGGCGAGAGCCAGGACAGCCUGAGCAACAGCACGAGCGAGAGCGAGAGCAUGAACGACGACGGUUCCGAGAAGCGCAAGCAGCAGAGCAACAUUGUCAAGGUUCUCGGCGACCUAGGGGUGUACACCGCAGGCGUCAAGUUCCACGGCUUCGACACGCCAGAGAGCAAGACCUACAACCACAUCUACUCCUUCAUGGAAGCGACAUUCACGAAGAACAGCAAGACGCCCGACACCAAGCGCGCGCUCGUGCGCCACAACAUGCGCCACAUGAUGCGCGUGUACCCCAACGGGUGGCGCGUCGCCUCGACCAACUUCGAUCCGCUGACCUACUGGCGCCGUGGCGUGCAGAUGGCCGCGCUUAACUGGCAGACCUACGAUCUUGGCAUGCAGAUCAACGAUGCCAUGUUCGAAGGCGGCACCGAUGUUUCCGGCUACGUUCUCAAGCCCAGCGGCCUGCGCGAGAUCACCAUGCUCCCCAAUGUCCCCGAGGCCGCUGGCGAGGGCUACGUCAAGCGAGAGCGCAAGCUGGUCACCUUCAGCAUCGAGGUUAUCUCCGCGCAGCAGCUCAUGCGACCCAAGAACCUCCCCGCCACCCGCACCGUCGACCCCUACGUCGAAGUCGAAGUCUUCCACGCCGACGACAAAGCCAAAGACGUCGCAGGCGUAGUAGGCGAAGGCGGACCCGACGCCGCCGGCCGCGGCGGUUCCUCUGGUCUCGGCGCCCCGCGCCGCCUGCGCACCCAGAUCGUGCCUGAGAACGGUUUCAAUCCGCUCUUCAACCAGAAAUUCAAGUUCGCGCUGACGACUAAGUACCCCGACCUCGUGUUCGUGCGCUGGACGGUGCGCGCGUCGCGCGAUGGACAUAGCUACGACGACCGCGGCACGCCGCUGGCGACGUAUACGGCGAAGUUGGGGAGCUUGAAGCAGGGAUACCGCACGUUGCCGCUGAUGGACGCGAAUGGUGACCAGUUUCUCUUCUCGACUUUGUGCUGUAAGGUCAAGGUUAAGGAGGCCACGAGCAUUUAUGUCGAUGGCCCGCCUGAGGCAGUCGGGAAGCUGAAGAGUCUUGGUCGCUCUAUCAUUGGGCGUGCGCAGAGCACGCCGGUGACGCCGAAGACGCUGGAUAGUGCGUAGACGCGCACGCCGUGGAGGACGUCUUGUUUACUUGUAUUAUACCACCCCUUUCGGGGCUUGUUUCGACAACACAUCACUUAUCUGAUCAUCAUAAUACCCGCUCAACCUCAAAUUACACAUCAACUACUACUCUCUCAAAGCAACAACGAGAUCAACCACACUCACAAACUACACUAUACCACUAUACUAUCUCGAUGAUACGAUACCACAAACCACACACACCGCCCAUCUGGGCAAAACCUUGCACAUAUUUCGUCCUUUUUGUUUUUGAGCACACCGAGACAUACCCCUAUAGCUAUGAGUUUUUAUUUACCCAUUUUUUACCGGUUUCAAACGGGAGGAGAACUGGGGGGCAGGAAACCCCCCACAUAUAUACACUCCCUGGCGCUUUCGCAGCAGGUCUGCAUUGUGUGUCCCCAACGACCGCACCUCUUAACGACAUACCAAUUUCCUUUUUUGUCUUGUCCAUGAUCUGGCAUCUGAUCGAAAUCGUUUGUUCUGUUUUUUUCUUUUGUCUUCUGCUUCUGUUUUUGAUGUUUAUCUGGCGAAUUACAAACGGAUAUUUGGGGGAUGGAGACAGGGAUUUGCUCCUCCCACCAUGGGGAAUUUGGGAAUACUGGGAAAUACCGGGAUUAUGGGAAUUUGGGAAUUGGGAUCGGGA